CUUUUGCCCGAAAGUUCGUUACCCCGAACAACCAAGAUGGCGCUCUAAACAUCGCCGUGAUCUUGCCGGCUGUCGUCGAAAAUAAAGGAAUUUAAUGAUGGGUUUCCUCUUCACCCGUCGACAAUACGAGUGUUGAACAAUAAAAUCUCUUAUAAGGAUCUGAAAGGAUCAGUCUGAAGUACAGGUUUGACAACAACACAAUGCCAAAAGGGUUGAGUCCCCGAGGUGGCAUCGAUGCCAAAAAUGACAGCUGCGAUCAGGCCAUUCUGGACUUCUCAUUCAAAGACAUACUGCUAACUGAUGACAUCUUGGAUGUAGAGCCACGGGUGGCCAAGAACUCCAAACUGGAGAAGACCGCCGAGGGAUUGGUCAGGACCCAGACGGUGAAGCUGAACAACAACGGUAUGACAGAGAUGGCAGGUUUGGACGUCACCCUGGAGAAGGUUGUGGAAAGUCCAGAGGAGCUGACCUGGCUGGAUCUGUCCUUCAAUGACAUCGCCAAGAUCGACCCGCUGCUCCUGAAGUACACCAAGCUGAAGGUCCUGUACCUCCACGGCAACAACAUCACCAGCAUCAACGAGGUGGACAAGCUGGCUGGCCUGCCCAGCCUGAUCAGCCUGACCCUCCACGGCAACCCCGUGGAGGACCAGAAGGGCUACCGGCAGAGCCUGGUGGCCAAGCUGCCCCGGCUGAAGAAGGUUGACUUCAGCUGCAUCACCAAGUCGGACCGAGAGAACGCCGCUACCUGGGAGCGGGACUAUGGCAAGCGAAGACCGCCCAAGAAACCCAAGGAGGAUGAGUAGCCUUAGAGAAGGGAGGGGCAGAGGAGGGGAAUAAAAUGAACAGGAAUGAUUCACAACAGAGCACACCAAUUCACAUCCAUCCAUGAAGAGGUCACUUUCCACUAACCAAGGUUGACCUUCUGCCAUGGGUGGGUGGGGGGGAUAUGUCAUCUCUCCAUUCUGGCAACACUCAUGCUCCCUACAAAUAUGGACUUGCAGUUCAUCGCCCACAAGAGAGUGUCUUAGAAAUUGGGAACAUUGCGUGUUUCCCAAUUGGGAAUUUGCAUUAUUCCCGUCAGGAAGAUGCUGCUCCGGAAUUAGGCCGUGUCUGAAAUGGGCUUCCAGAGCUAUGGCUAGGUCUGUUGUCUACGCGUCCGCAUGCAUUUCCAAUUGAGCGAAGACCUAGACCUGGCUCUAGACAAGAGAUUCGGAUCCAGCCUUAGCCAGUACACAGUCUUACACACACAUAUUGGUAUUGGUUUUUCCAAUUGGAAAAAGUAAUGUUCUCACUUGAAUUUUCCUCAUUCUUUGAGAUGCUUUCUACAAGCCUACAAUGAUGGUCAUCAUUCAUACGAAUCCCAGCUGACAUUUUCAAGUUACAUACCCCUCCUUGAAAAAAAAUCCUGAAAAAAGCAGAGCCCUUUGGUCCAUAUUCCGAGUCUGUUUGUGGUGAUCAAAGACGUUAAAACAUAAAUACUAGGCAGCACAGAGAAUAAGAAACUAAGUGAAUUCCCACAAUACAUCCCUUUCGUUCCCUCUAUCCCACACCUCUUUUACUGCCCCCCCCAUUAGGCAGUGCCUACAAACAGCUGUUGACUUUUUCCAUAAUGUGCCGCAGGCAAAGCAGAAAUGUCUUUGCUCUCAGCAUUUCUCUUACGUGAAUCGUUCCUUUUGCCAGCCUUUUCGUCAUGUCCUUGUGCCACUUGAGAGAGCUCAGGUCCCACCUUACAACUACUUAGAUAAACCAGCGAAAAGCAAUACAUGCACGUACUUCCAAACAGUAUUAGUUUAGAACGGAUAUUUCUCUCAGACUGAUUUUCCCUUUGAGUUAUGGACUUUCUCAACUAGAUACCAGUUUACUGUAGACUUUGGCUCAAAUCAUUCCAUAUGGAUGGCAUACGUUUCUGCCAGUGUCUGCAGACUGAACUAUUGCCAUCCUUGUGUUAAUAAGGUUAAUUAUUCAUUUGCUAGGUUUUGCAUAUUUAUAGAAAACGUAAUCUCUUUUCCUGUUCAAAUGCUUGGAGAUUCUGGUGUAAAUGGGUGAUCAAUCUCUCAGGAACAACCCUUCAUUUGUUGGUAUCCACCAAAUUUUUGAGAGUUGACAUCAGCAAAGGCUAAAACAGUUCGGGUGUAACCAACCCAAAGUAAUGUCUACAAGUGCAGCUAUGAAGCUACAUGCUCAAUUCUAAAACUCUCAUUUGAAAGGGAGUUACACCAUUUCUGAAUGCUUGUGUUGUGGGUACAAGUUAAAAAUCCAUUUGUAGAAACAUUCUUUUACAUUUUUAAUUAGUAGUAUUAGGUCAUUGUCAAAUUAUAAAAUUAAGAUGCUACAGGAAUAGCUAGUAGUUUACAGAAUUUGAGAGUGGCAUAUGGUGCGUUUAUGUAAUCACAGUGCCCAUGUUGUACUUCAAUUCCACUUUUAUCAGUUCAAUCCGUCCAGUUUCCAAUUAGUAAGUAGAUAAAUCCAUACCCAGAUUCAUGACUGUUUAAUGAGACCAUUUUACUGUGUUCCAAUUGAUGAAUGAUUUGUGUAUAUAGAUAUGAAUGGCAGUGACUGCACGGUAGCAGCUCUGAUAUUUUUGUAUUCACCGAAUUGUCAAUGUAUAUAUUAGCUGCACCGAAUAUAGCGCGUGGUUGGGGAUGAUAUAUUUAUAGUGUAUAUAUAUCCAUUGGUAUUUUAAUUCAGAGGCGUAUUUUGUGAUCAGAUUAAAUAUGAUGGAUAAUCUGACGUUCUUUGAAUGAGAUGAACUUAUUUCCUUGUUGAAAUGUUUUUCUUUAAAACAAGCAAGUGACUUGAGGUCUUUAGAUGAUAUCUGCUUGUAGUUUUUUCCAAAUUAUUUUGUUAAAUUUUUUACACUUACAAUACAUGCAUAACGGCGCUACAAUUGCCUUAAAUUGCCUCUACACGUACAUGUUAGCCAUUAGGAGAAAGCAAUAAAAUGGAUUAUCCCUAA